AUGGUUGAGAUGGUAAACGAGAGUCUAGCUGAAUGUAGUCAGAGAAAACGUAGGGGAAAGGUGAAGAGAAAGAGGAUGAGUGAUAACGUGGAUUGCGUGUGUGUGGUAGAGAAUGUGCUCUAUGCUUUUUUUCGUUCGAGUGGGUUAAUGUGGUUUGAUACAAAGAUCAAUGCAUGGAGAAGCUUAGAGGGCGCCAAGGUACAGUAUCUCUUCCCUGUCGAUGCGAUGGCGGAAUACGAUGGAAAGCUAGCGGUUUUUGGGCUGUCUUCUUCUGCGAUGGAAAGGUAUACGUCUUCUUCUGUGAUGGAAAGGUAUACGUAUACGUAUACUAACAACAAUGUUCAAUGUGUAUUGAUCGCAUUGCAUAGAGUUGGAGAAAUGAUUCGUGGGACGAUCGAGUGGUCUGGUGCCGUGGCCACAGUUCCACGUUUAUUUGCACUUCUGCAUUGUUUAGUUGCUUCCCAUUGA